GAGGUGAUGUCUUCGGUGAGGUUGGUAAGCUUCCGGCUAUUCCUACCAAUCAGCACGGCCCCGCUUCCGGUACUAAGGUAAUCUACAUCAUCACCCGUUGACAUCGCCUUUCCCAUAUGCGCACGACAUCUCCUCAGCAUUGUUUGAGAUUUUUUUUCAUCUCGAAAUCUUAUCGAACUUCCAACUUAAUACGAAAGACACUCAGGAUGGCGAGCACUAACGAUCUGGUACGACUAGCACAGAGACUCGUUCGCGAUGGGCCAUGCAGGAUUGAACAUACGGCACGUCGUGUACGAGGCCUUCUCAACGGAAAGUAUGCGUUCGACACUCUCAACGCGCACCAUGUCUGGGAACUUGAGUUGCGUUACCCACAGUUCUUCGUACCGGUAUCCAGCUUCACUCCUCACGCCAAGUUAUCGCGAGGCUCCGCUGUGGACGGGACAGAUGGCGGCGCACAUCUAGCGAGUCUCACAGUCGGCAAUCGCAGUAGCAAUCGCAUCCUCAUCUUCAACACCGGCAAGCUCAAAGAUCUCGUGAAAGUCGACUUCCGAGCUAUUGACCAAUGGUUCGAAGAAGACAUGGAGAUAUAUGGCCACCCCAAAGAUCCUUACAAGCGCAUCGAUAUUCUACCAUCUUCUCGAAACGUCAGGGUAGCUAUCGACGGUGUCACACUUGCUGAAAGUUCGAACGCCUUAUUCCUUUUGGAGACGACACUGAGGACGAGGCAUUAUCUGCCGCCAACGAGCGUCAAUUGGGAGUACCUCACACCGAGCGACACGUUGACUUUGUGUCCGUACAAGGGUCGCGCAGAGUACUACAACGUCAGCGUUGGCGGGAAGCUGUAUCGGGAUCUUGUAUGGUACUAUCGAUACCCGACCGCGGAGAGCGCGCCUAUUGUUGGACACAUGUGCUUCUAUAACGAGAGGGUGGAGGUUUAUGUUGAUGGCGUGAAGGAGACGCCUUGAUAGCGGCUGUUCACGGUCUGCCGAUACCUACAAUGUAGAUGCUUCGUCAAUAUCCACCCGAUCCAUCGUGCCGCACAGCUGAGUAUUGAAAGAGGUUGUGUACGUGACGCGAAACCAUACACAGGGUGUUGAUGACUUGAAGUCUGUAGGUGCGACGA